UAUCUCCAUAGAUCCGAACAAAACGAUUCCUUAAACAGAUAAGUGAAACAAAAGCAAAAUCCUUAACAAACUCAACAAACAAACAAACGCCCGUCAUUUCCCACCGCCACCGCAAACCACCGUAACCAGUGUAAAUUCAUCAACAAUGGAGUCAGCUUUCGACUCUUUCAGCCCCGCCGGAGAAGACAUAAAACACGAACGUCCAUUUGAUGACGAUAGCUACAUGGAAGCGGGUGAUGCUGGGUACGGUUCUUCUUCAUUCCCCACUCCCCAGAACGACGACGUUUUUAUGACUGAGCCGCCGCCGCCAGAAGCGUCCGAUGAUCAUUCUCCGUAUGAAUAUGGUAUGCCAAUGCAGAACCAGGAGGGAUAUGCGUCGCCUUUUGAAGCAAUGGGGACGCCUGAACCAGCGGUGGAGACUGAUAAUGGUGGCAUUUUUGUCUCCGAUGGACCGUUGCUUCCUGACCCGGUUGAGAUGCAAGAAGAAUGUGUUCAACGACGUGAGUGGCGCCGGCAAAAUACUCUUCAUCUCGAGGAAAAGGAGAAAAGAGAGAAGGAGAUGCGCAAUCAAAUUAUUAAUGAAGCUGAAGAAUAUAAAAGAGCAUUUUAUGAGAAAAGGCGGCUCAACUGUGAAACUAACAUGGCUCAGAACAGAGAAAGAGAGAAGCUUUAUUUGGCUAACCAAGAAAAAUUCCAUAAAGAAGCUGACAAACAUUAUUGGAAAGCCAUCGCGGAGAUCAUUCCUCGGGAGGUGCCAAAUAUCGAAAAGAGAGGAAAGAGAGAUCCCGACAAGAAACCUUCUGUUCAUGUAAUUCAGGGUCCAAAGCCAGGAAAACCCACCGAUCUUUCGAGAAUGAGGCAAAUUUUUGCUAAGCUGAAGCAGCAUCCUCCAGCUCAUAUGAUGCCUCCCCCGCCCGCCAAAGAUAACAAGGACGCAAAGGAAGGGAAAGAUGGAAAAGCUGCAAAGGAUGCGAAAGAUGCUAAGGAUGGCAAAGAUGGAAAGGAUACAAAAGAAGGGAAAGAUGACAAGAAUACUACUGAAGGGAAAGAUAGCAAGAAUUUAACAGAAACAAAAGAUAGCAAGGAUGCAGAAGGUCCGAUAUCUACGCCUGUUAAAGAUGUUACGUCCAAUGGUGCACCAGACUCGUCCAAACAGGAGGCUCUUGCCGCCGGUGAGGGUGAGCAAGCUGCUACAACCGAACCAGCCACCACUGAGUGAAGAUACGUCAGCACUUUUAUGAUUAUAUUCUUUUGUUUAUUUGGCUAGUUUGCUUAACUAGUUUUUCCAUGAAUAAGACUAUCUACAGGACAUUCUUGAGUUUGUCCUCUGUUCGCAACUUGCGAGCAUUCUUCCUGACUAUAGGAUUCUCUAGGAUUUUAUAUGGAGAAUUUUAGUUUAUAAUUCUAUAUGAAUUUCGAAAUUGAGCAGACUCAAGAUCUAGAUAUAACAUUUCUGAACGUGCCAUUUUUAUGGAGCCAUUAGCAGCUAUGUUGCACAGAACUUGUAGAGUAUUAUAUUUUGGCGUUUCAUUUUAUUUCUGAGAAUAUUUCUAAAAUUCUUAAAUGUUAUGAUACUUAUAAUAUAUUCUCGUAAUUAUAUUGUAUUCCCGUUUUCUCUUUCAA